ACGCAGGCGCACCAGUAACCGGCAGCCAGAGAGAGAGAGAGAGAGGACAGGUCACACCGACUCAGAGAGGCAGAGUUGAAGGAGCUGCAAGAGAGAAGCGAGUGUUGAGCAUGCUGCACACGUCUGACUGAGGCCCUGAAGAUUAUCUGGAGAUUCGUUGUCAAGCAGAUAACAUUGUCUGGAAAAGAUGGAAAAUCUUCAACUAGCUUCUCAGGUUGUUGAUGUUACAACUGUCAACGCUGAUGAAAAGACUGAAAGCACACAGACUACAAGCUCAGGACUGCAGAACCCUCAGGAGCAGUUGGUGUUUGGAACAGAGAAUAUUGAUCUAGAUGUCGACACAUUCACAUCUGGGCCCACAGAUAAAAUGGCUGAUUCAUCUCAGAUCAAUAUCAUGGAUCAGAUGAUGGAGAGUGUAAUCAUAUCAGAUUCCCCUAAUGAUAGUGAGGGUGAUUCUGGGGAUCUGGCUCUCUUGCAUGACUGCGAAAAAGCCUUAGAAGCUCGAGAUGAUGACAUUCAGUCAGCAGAUUCAAACCAUAGCGAUUAUAAGGAAGUCUCUGAUGAGGAGAGUGAGCCCACAACUCCUAUGACAGACGAGGAUUAUAGAACUCCGUCACAGGAUGCGAUUUCAGUUCUGCAAGAGCAGGAGCUAGCAGUGGGACAGGAAGAAGAGCUUCAAGUGGCAGUAGAAAGUCCUGAAGACACAGGUGGCCAGGUUGAUUUAGACGUACCAAAGAAGCACUCGGUGACUUCUGAUACCAGUCAGUUGUCUGAAGAUGAGCCUUUGCCAGUGUGCACCAUCUUCAGCCAAGACAACCAAUCUAAAUCCCAGGUUCACGCUCCUUUGAAACUAGAUGGUUACGAGCCUCAAAUGGUGAAAUCCCCAAGCUUCGGGACUAUUAUUGACACUCCUAGUAAACUAACGUUAUUUGGGGUUCACCCUAGUCCCAGCCUGAGCAAAUUUUUCACAGAUGACAUCAAUUCCAGCUCAUCGGCAGCAGAAUUCUUCGACUCCUUCACAUCCACUCCCUUUUCCGUUAGUAAUCCUAAUGCUAAUCCAAAUGCUAGUGCCUCCGUACCCGAUAGACUAUCCUCGCUGACUUCCUCUGGGUCGGGCAGCCCACGUGAUUCUGGAAGCCUAUCUUUUAUUGUGGGAAGUGGCCCCACACCUUCGUCCGCAUCAUUCUCUGAAAUCUCUCGGUCACCGAAGCCAUUCUCUCAGCUCCAGGCAGCAUUUGCAGGCAGUGAUGAUCCCUUCGCAACAGCGCUGAACAUGAGUGAGCUGGACAGGAGGUAUGAUGCUUGGCUGCCAUCUGAGGAAACUAAGAAGAUGCUCAUCUCUGUGGCCACCCAGCAGUACAGCACAGUUUUUAUAGAGAAGGAGAAGUUGACCAUGCCAGGCCUGAAGUUUGACAAUGUGCAGGGUGAUGCUGUGCGGGAAGUGAUGCAGCGUUUCUUGGGAGAGCAGGCUGCAAUGAAGAGGCAGGCCUUGACUGCAAAUGCUGUGGAGCAGACGUUUACAGGGCUGAAGCAAUUAAUAAACACAAAGAACUGGAGAGCUGCAGUUGACCUCAGUGGAAGACUUCUGACAGCACACGGUCAAGGCUAUGGGAAAAGUGGUCAACCGACCAACCACACCACAGAUUCCUUACAGCUGUGGUUUGUGCGACUUGCCUUAUUGAUGAAGCUGAGCUUGUUUCAAAAUGCGGAGGUGGAGUUUGAGCCAUUCGGGAACCUUGACCAACCAGACUUGUACUAUGAGUACUACCCUCAUGUAUACCCAGGACGCAGAGGGUCCAUGGUACCAUUUUCUAUGAGAAUACUGUAUGCUGAACUACCUCAAUACUUGGGGAAACCACAGGAGUCAUUAGACAGACUACACUGCAUGAAAGCAAUUUGUCUAACGAUUCUUGAUCAUCUGGAAAAUGGACUGGCAGAAGAUGGCAGUAUGAUCAAUAUAACGUCUGAGAAUAGACAAGCUUCUAUGCAGUUGUGGAGGUCACGUCUGGGGCGUGCGAUGUACUCCAUGGCAAACUGCCUGCUGAUGAUGAAGGACUAUGUACUCGCAGUUGACAUGUACCAUUCAGUCAUCCAGUACCAACCAGAACAAGAGCCUCAGCUUCUCAGUGGCAUAGGAAGACUAUUUCUGCAGAUUGGUGACAUCAAAACAGCUGAAAAAUAUUUUCAACAAGUUGAGAAAGUGUGUCCGAAGUUAGGUAAUGAAUUGCAGCAGGAUAUUAUCAUUCAGAUGAACCGGGCGUUCCUCUAUCUUGGUCAGAAUAACUUUGCUGAGGCUCAUAAAUUCUUCACUGAAGUUACGAAGAGAGAUCCUAGUAAUCCAGUGGCGAAUAAUAAUGCAGCCGUGUGUCUGCUGUACUUGGGCAAACUAAAGGAUUCCCUCAGGCAGCUGGAAGGACUUGUACAGCAGGACCCCAAACAUUACCUACACGAGAGUGUUCUCUUCAACCUGACCACAAUGUAUGAGCUUGAAUCAUCGCGCAGUAUGCAGAAGAAACAGAGCUUGCUGGAUUCGGUGGCCUGUCGAGAGGGAGACAGCUUCAAUGUCCAGUGUCUAAAAUUACUGUAAAACCAUCCUGUCUGUAUUGUGCAAUUGGUGAUUGUAAGUUUUAAAAUGUACAUGUGUAAAUAUUUUAACUGCGUGGACCUGAUUCAUCUGUAUGGCCAGUAAAUGAUCUGCAAAUGUGAUCUAUGUGGUAUAUGUAUGUCUCUGGCAAACAUCUUGUGUUUCAUAAGAGAAACGGAUUUGAUUUCCCCCUCUCAGUUUUACAUUUGACCUACAAAAUAUAUACAGUCAAUUCACUUUAUGGUAUAUUCCGUGAA